AUGUCCUCUCUGGGGAGUGACUCCAGUACUACAGCGGUGGGCGGAGAAGAGUCUAAGAACAAGCGGAAAGGUGGAAGAAUCGUCAAGUCUCGCUACCUGCAGUAUGAUAAGAACAACCCCAAGAAGAGUACUUCUGCAAAUUCCUUUUCAACAUCCACUGCUAAACCACCUUCUGAAACUAAGCCAAGAUCAGUUCCUCCUCAGAAAUUUAAAACUUCUGCUGGUGUUGCUUCUAACUCAUUAAAUAAGAGUAGUUUUGAGAAAAGUGUCUUGCAGUCCACUUUAUUAGAUGGAGAUAAAACUAGUCGACCGGACCUUGAUCUUUCAGCUAUUAAUGGUAAAAGUGUCCGCAAAAAGACUCCUGCUCCAAAAUCUGCUUGCAAAGGAGAUACAGAGACACGGCAAAAACCCAAAAAAGCGGGGAACAAUCCUGAUGCUCUAAUGGAGGAGCUGGAGUCUCAGACAUUGCUUUUAACUUACCUAAGAUUAAAGGCAGAAAAAAAUCUUGCUGAGCUGGAGAAAAAAGCAGAAAGAAACUUGUUAACAUUGUAUGAAGAAAAGGAGAGACAGCAGGAGAAGCUCUGUGAGUUGAAGCGUGAAAUUCUACUGAAAGAAAGAGAGCAGAAACUUGAUGAAGCAUUAGACAAACAGAUGGAAGUGCUUACUGCCCUUGUUCCUGUUUGCGAGCAGUUUAAAGAGCAAUAUAAAAGCUUUGCAGCUUCCCUGGAUGCCACUAGACAUGAAUUACCCAUAAAGAAUAUUUACAUAAAAGGGGAUAAGCUAGCAUACCUUGGUGAACUGCAAAAGCAGUUAACUAUCACACAGGACCUUCUGACAGAAGUUAUGCCGAGCCACUCGGAAGAAAGUGCAAAAGCACUUAGUGUACUGAAAGAGCUUGAAGAAACAUCUCAGAAACUGGAUAAAGAGCUUCAAAGGAGCUUCAUGCAAGCGCAGAACCUGUCGUGUGAUGUUAGUAAAGAAGUAUCUCUGCAUAACCAACAAAUAUGUGAAGAGAAUCAUGGACUAGAUGUUGUGAAACACUGGUACUUCAACUAA